AUGGUGGCCAGUUUUGCUGGGCUGAAUAUGACGAUUUAUGCGACCAGUCUAUGGCCUUAUACCUUAUGGGUGACCAAAAACGCUGAUGUGACCUGGCUUGGUUAUGCGCUGGCUGGGACGAGCUUGAGCUCAAUUAUGGCAGACCCACUCUUCGGUUGGUGGCAACAGCGGACUAGCUCGAUACCACCGAUGCUUUGCGGGUUUACACUUACAUUAUUUGGAAAUCUAUUCUAUGCCCUGCUGCCACAAUUCCCAGAAACUGCCGUCCUGGGCGUGUUGAUCAUCUCCAGAUUGUGCCUCGGAUUUACAUCGUCCGCCAUCGGUCUCCUUCGUACCUUCGUGUCAAUGAAUACUCUCGAAAAAGAUCGUCUUCUCGGAACGGCUGCUCUAUCUAUUGGCCUUACUCUUGGAUUAUCGCUAGGGCCAGUUGUACAGAUGGCCUGCAUCCCAAUCGGUGAAAAGGGAAUCACAAUCCUCGGCAUCAUCAUCAAUCAAUAUACCGUACCCGGGAUUCUAAUGUCUAUUUUGUGCCUCAUCAACCUCUUCAUCGUCAAGUUCAAGCUCACCGAGAAUUUUGCCGGUUUUCUGGCUGAACUUGAUGGCGGGACCAAUGGAGAUAAGAAAGAAGUAGCUAAUCUUCCACCGUAUGACAAAUGCAUCCUUUCGGCCGUCGCCUCGAUUGUGUUGAUCAAGUCGAGACUAAAGCACAUUGAUAACCGUAUCCAGCUCUCCAUCGCACUGUGUCUCUUCAUAUUCGCCAGUCUCUCCCUAUUCCCAUGGUCAUUCUUCCCGGAAGCCGUUGACUAUCCGCUGGCGCAAGGGCAAAAUCCGCCACAAUGCGACGCUGCGUGUUUGAAGCGGCGCCCUCCAAUCUGGCUGUACUUCUUCUCGAUGGCGUUCUGCUACGGGCCGGGGGCAGCUAUCGGGAUGUCGGUUACAAAUACUUUGGCGACGUUGGUAGUUGGGCCACGGAAACAGGCCCUGAUCCAAGGCUUCAUGACGGCUUCAGGCAGUCUUUCAUCUUUUCUAUGGCCCCUGGGAGCUACG